AUGGCGAGGUUCGCUUGGCUUCUGGCCUCGAGUCUUUCGUUCUCCAUUCUUUCUACAGCUUUUCCAGCUGGCACUCAUUUUCAAGCUCCUACCAACUUUAGCACCUUCAAUGUCGAACAAUGGGUUCCCUCUCUUGACUAUGUUCCCCAUAAACAAACCAUUCCUUUUCCAAUCCAAAACAAAACUGCCCGUCCCUGGGACCCGGUUACUCAAGGCUCUACGGGAAACCUCACAAGCCAUGAUAGCCAGAAAAGAGCAAGCUGUGGAGGUCCGACUCCGGACAGUCCCAGCAAGUUCUGGCUGGAGACAAUUACUCAUAACGGAGAGUCGUCGUUCUUGGACUCGACCUACAAGCAUAACUACAAGGUCUUUCGGAAUGUGGUGACCGACUUUGGAGCGGACAACACCGGAGCUAAGGAUGCUUCUGCUGCUAUUCAGAAUGCCAUCAACGCUGGGGCCUCCAACGGCCCUAACCGUGCUAGCCACUCCAUGGGCACCACCGGUCAACCUGCAAUCGUAUACCUCCCAGCCGGGACGUACCUGAUGGAGAGUAGUCUGCAGCUAUACGUCGGUACGGUCAUUGUGGGCGAUGCCCUCAAUCCGCCUACUCUCAAAGCCAACGCAAACUUUCCCAACGAUCAUAUCAUCUACGGAAAAGACCCCCACCUGGGCGGUACGAUCAACUUCUACAUUGGCUUCAAAAACGUGAUUAUUGAUUCUACGGCCGUUGCUGCUUCGAAGUCGAUUACCCUGUUGGAUUGGACUGUCUCGCAGGCUACGCAGCUGACGAAUGUCGUCUUCAACAUGCCAACGUAUUCGAACCAUGUUGGCGUGACAAGUCAGUAUGACUCGAACAGCAAUAUCAUUCUGAACGAUCUUACUUUCAAUGGUGGUGCCAUUGGCAUGGAAUUGAGCGGCCAACAAUGGGUCCUCAAGGGGAUCACCAUUAACGGGGCCAACGUCGGUAUAAAGGCCGGCGCAUUUCAGCUCGUCUGUCUGGACUGCAACCUCUCAAACGGUGCUACAGGCAUUGAUGCCAGUGGAAUCUCUGGCUCGCUGACCGUCAUCGAUUCCAGCGGCAGCUCGCUCGGUAAUAUGAUCGUCUCCUCCAAUCCUGGUGGUAGUGCUCAGAACUCGAUCAUCCUGGAGAAUGUGCAGUGCACCAACAGCGGCAGCACCGUCUCGCUUAACAACAAUGCGGUUCUCUCCGGCUCCGUGACAGACACCUGGGUGCAUGGAAACAUGUACUCCGGAGGGGCUACCACCCCUACACAUGCACAAGGCUCGAGAGUCACCACGCCUCGUGCAAAUGUUCUUCUCGGAGCCAACUCCAAGUACUUUACCAUGGCACCGCCCACAUACGCUCAGUACUCGUCCAGCCAGUUUAUCAAUAUCAAGACUGUGAGCGGUCUUCCUGUCAAGGGAGACGGCGCCACCGACGACACGGCCAACAUCAACGCCAUCCUGGCCCAGUAUGCUGGCUGCAAGAUCAUCUACUUCCCAGCCGGUACGUACAUUGUGACAGGGACGAUCUUUGUCCCCGCUGGUUCGAUUAUUGUUGGAGAUGCGUACGCCUCGGCGAUCAGUGCUACGGGUUCCAACUUUUGGAAUCCUAAUGCCCCAACGCCAAUGGUCAAGGUCGGGAAUACAGGCGACGUGGGCGUCGCCCAGUUCACAGAUAUGAUGUUUACAGUGGCCGAUGUUCUCCAGGGCUGCAAAUUGGUCGAGGUCAACAUUGCCGGAGCAGCUCCUGGCGACGUGGGAUUCUGGAACUCGCAUUUCCGUAUCGGCGGCGCAGUCGGCUCCAAAGUCCAAACCAACUGCUACGGCAGUCCCGACCAGUGCAAAGCCGCCUGGGGCCUGCUGCAUCUGACCAGUACGUCCUCGGCGUAUAUCGAGAACAUGUGGGGAUGGACCGCAGACCACGACCUCGACGGCAACGGCGGGACAACCACCGUCGCCACCGGCCGUGGUCUCCUCGUCGAAGCCACCAAGGGUACCUGGCUCGUCGGAACGGCCAUGGAACACCACACCCUCUACCAGUACAACUUCGAGUACGCCCAGAACGUCUUCUCCGCCUUCCAGCAGAGCGAAACCCCCUACUGGCAGGGCUGGGGAAGUCCCGAUCUGGCCCCUGCGCCAUGGUCCUCGAACCUGAUUGCCGGCGACCCCAACUUCAGUAACUGCGACGCCAACGAUGCAGGAUGUCGCAUGGCGCUGUUUGAGCGCAUCCGUGGCUCCUCGAACUUGUUCCUCUAUGGAGGCUGCGUCUGGGCGUUUUUCAACCACAACGGUGGAUGUAAUGGGGACUGUCAGGCGAACGCCGUCCGCAUCCUGUCAUCGGCUGGCUCGGUGUACCUCUACGGCACCAACGUCAAGGCGAUCAGCAACAUCGUCCUCGAGAAUACCGUUGCCGCCGCAAAGGAAAGCGACAACUCUGGCGGAUGGGCGGCGUCGUCGCCGCGUAUCUCCACAAUGUGGGCUCCAGCAGUCGCAGGCGCAGAUCCGGCGAUGCGAACAGCGCCGCGGUUACCGGCAACGGCCGGAUACCAGGAUCCAGAAUACUACUACUGCUUCCGCGGGUCGGCUGCCAACUUCCCGCCGUUCCAGAACUGGAUGGGCUUCACGGCGAUGUUUGAUCUGAACCAGCAAACCUCCAUGGCACUGGUCGAAUCGGGUCCCAUCCAGGGCGCUAUCUGGAAUGCCAUCGUCGAGGUGUCUGCCGCGGCCAAGGUCGAUCCUCGGUUGAUUCUGGCGGUAGUUAUGCAGGAGUCUAGUGGUAACGUGUACGUCGGCUGCACGAAUAACGGCGUCCAAAACUGCGGGCUGAUGCAGGCCUACGCGGGGUCGGUGUCCUUCAACCCCAAUGAUCCACAGGGAAGCAUCACCCAGAUGAUCAUCGACGGCACACAGGGCACAGCACAAGGCGGUGGUCUUGUCCAAUGGUUCAACGACAUCAAUGUUGGGGCCAACACCGGUGGCAACCCGUACAAUGUGCUCCGGGGCUACAACUCGGGCAGCAUCAACUUUAACGAUCUGGAUGAUCCCCAGGGGGCGACUGCUUCGUAUGUUAGUGAUGUGGCCAACAGAUUGCAGGGAUGGAAUGGUAAUGACGGUCAUGGAUACAGAGCUGCUUGUGGAUGGUAG